UGCACUCCUCUAUAUAUUCCUGCUUGCACAUUUACUUUAAGUACACUUUUUAAAGCACUAGUUGACUUUUAGGGAAACUAAAAGUACCUUAAUCUUGUAACUCCAGGAUUUGCUCUGCUGGGUGGACACCCCUGCUUCCUUACCUUACGGGACAUCCACCUGGGAGUGAAUGAGAGCUGCACAGAUACAGCCAGGGUUCUCUCUGGAUUCUGUGAUGUUGUCUUGGCUCGUGUUUACAAGCACUCGACGCUGGAGGAGCUAGAUAGGGAGGCUUCAAUCCCCAUCAUUAACGGACUGUCAAAUCUGUAUCACCCAAUCCAGAUUCUGGCUGACUUCCUCACCUUACAGGAGCAUUACGGAUCCCUUAAUGGUCUAACGGUGAGCUGGAUUGGAGAUGGCAACAAUGUUCUCCACUCCUUCAUGAUGACUGCAGCCAAACUCGGAGUUCAUCUUAAGGUUGCUACACCGAAGGGGUAUGAGCCAGACAAGGGCGUUACUGAAGAGGCACACAGGCUCGCCAAACAGCAUGGUACUCAGUUGAUUCUGACCUCUGACCCCAUGGAGGCUGCCCGUGACAGCAAUGUCUUGGUCACUGACACCUGGGUCAGUAUGGGACAGGAAGAGGAGAAGAAAAAGAGGCUAAAAGACUUCCAUGGAUACCAGAUUUCUAUGCAGACAGGAAGUGUGGCCAAGUCAGACUGGACCUUCCUGCACUGUCUCCCUCGGGAAAUGGAGGAGGUGGAUGAUCAGGUGUUCUACUCAUCCCGCUCUCUCGUCUUUUCGGAGGCAGAGAAUAGAAAAUGGACCAUCAUGGGCCUCAUUGUGUCUCUUCUGACCGACUACACGGCACAGAUCCCCAUGCUGAAGUUUUAACAUCAGUUAUUAAGAGGGACUAAGCUUUUCUGUGGCAUGGGAUGACUUCAAAGAAGACUGUUGCAAUGCUGUCAUAUUGUAACUUCAGGAUAGAGCUGCCAUGUGGGAGCGUGGGGCUAUGGUGUGCUUCUGUUUAUGUGUAGUAGGUCUGUGUGUCAAAGUGCAUGGCAAGUUUAGAGAACCCAGAAAUUCCCAGGACUCGCUUAUUGCUCACAGUUCUUAUUUCACUCUUGUGUGAUGUGUCACCACAGCUGCCUUAAAACUUCAGUGAAGAUGAAGAACUAGAGGUUAAUCCAUAAAUAAAAUACUCCCAACAACUGUUCAC